AUGUUCGCUUCCUUUCGUCAUAUAUUUCUUUCUUUUUCCCAUCCUUCAUUUCUUUCAUUAAUUCUUUCUUUCAUCCUUUUUACACGCCUUUUUUCCUUUCACCGUGUCUAUCUUCCUUUCUCCGUUCCUUCCUUUCUUUCUUUCUUUCUAUCAUUCAUUCAUUCUUUCUUCUUUCAUUUUAACGAAUGUCUUUUUUGUCUCCAACAAAAUGGUUUUUUAUUAUAUAUAGUAUAUUUAGCAAUAUUCUUCCUUCCUUACCAAUUUUUUUCUUCGCUCCUUAUCUUCCUUCCUUGCUACAUUUUCUUUCUUUCUUUCUUUCUUUCUUUCUUUCUUUCUUUCUUUCUUUCUUUAUUACGCCCAGCAAAAUUAUUUUCUUAUAAAUAUUUGGAUCUUUUCGCUUUCUUUCGUCAUAAAUUUCUUUCUUUGCUCCUAAUUUUUUUCCUUUCAACACGCCUUUCUUCCUUUCUACGUCCAUUUCUUUCUUUCUUUCUUUUUUUCUUUCUAUCUUUCAUUCAUUCAUAUUUGGAACUCUUCGCUUUCUUUCUUCAUAAAUUUCUUUCUUUGCUCCUGACUUUUUUCUUUUCUCUUUCUUUCUUCCCUUACCUUUCUUUCUUUCGAUCUGACUUCCUUUCUUUUUUUCUAUCUCAAUUCCUUUCUUCAUUCCUUUCUUCCUUCUUUCUUUCUUUCUUUCUUUCUUUCUUUCAAUUUCAAUGA